AUGUCCGCCACCGCAGCUGCCAGGUCCUUCCUCCGUUCUACAGCCGCCAGAACUUCCGCUGCGGCCAGGCUGGCGUGCGCACCCAAACCCGGAUCCAAACCAGCUUUUUCUCCGUUUCGCAUCUCUAAACAAAGUCCCCUCUCUCCUCGCAUUUUCAGGUCGCCAGUGGAGAUGAGUUGCUGUGUGGAGACAAUGCUUCCAUACCAUACUGCCACAGCCUCUGCAUUGCUUAAUUCAAUGCUCUCCGUUUCUCGCCGCAGCUAUGGUUGGACCCCUGAAGGGAAUGGUAGAACUCAGAUCAGGGCCAAGCGCUCCCUUGGCCAGGCUGAUAGUGGCAAACGUGGAGAUUCUGACAGCUCUGCAAUUUUAAGAUCUACCGAAGAAGAGGUAGAUGAUGAAGAAUACUUGGGUCAGGUGCCAGAUAGCUCCAAGGCAGUGCCCCAAAUUUCUUCCCCACCUACAGCCUCAGGGCUCUACUGGCCAAGAAGUAUUCAUAACCAUUCGGAUACAGCAAUUUUUGUGCCUGGUCUACGUGGCUCAGCUGUGCAAAACCGUCGGCGCUGUCAACAGCGUGGCCCUGUUUCCAAACGGCGGCGGCAAUUCUAG